UAUUUAAAUGAAAGAAUUUAGAAUUUUAAGUCAAAUAUGUGUCAUUAGCAUUCACCAAAUAGAUAUUUCUGAUUUUUUAGAUAUUCUUUCCCUCGCAGUGUACAAUCGUUGCUCUGCGUGUUCGGGUUUUAGCUAUCAAAUGUGUUGGAACUGCAGACUUUCGUACGAGUUGUUGAUAAAAGAGUUACGAUAAAAUAGAGAGAAAAACAUUGCCAAUCGAUAGAGUAUCGAGCGAGUACUAGAGUUUCCAUAGUAACAAACACUUUUACCGCCAUGUCGGACUUUAUUGUAAGGGCUCGAAUGUAGCGCCCCGCUGAAAAGGAGAAGACACACGUACAAUGACGAUGAGCGCGUUGAGAGCUCCGAUAGAUUAUAAGAGUUUGGAAGAAGAACUUCAUGCGGCUCUCGCGGCCGACGAAUUAUACAAAUUACAGAACGACGCCAAACUCCGGGCGAUCGAGCAAGGUGUGCCGACAUACGAGCACUUCAGGCAGAUGGUGAACGCUGCACAUCUGAAGCCUCUGGAUCGUAAUGACAUGAAACCCAAGAUCGGCGUGCAGUGGAAUCCUGUGACCAAUCGCACCAAAUAUCCGACCGUGUCUGCAACUUCGAAAACAUCGAAAUUCGUUAGAGAUGACAAGCAUAAAAGUGUGAGACCUUCGGAACCGUGCGAGGACUUCUUGCGAUGUUGGAGGACGAUUGAGGACCACUCUGAGAGAUUUGCUUAUAUAUGGAAUUUGAGGCACGUCCUGCAGACUCGUAUUUUUCGAGUGGAGAUACCUGCAUUCUUCUUUGGUGACUUCGUGAGUGUGUGUUUGGACUGCGUAUCAAAGAUGGAUGAUACGACACAGAUUACAGAACUUCUCCGUAUACUGAGCACGUGUAGUAGAUUCGAUCUGACGAUAUGUUUCAUGACGAAGGAUGAGCAAGUUACGUGCAAGCAACUCUUUAAACAAUUGCGACUUAAAGAAAGAUCUCAAGAUAAAUCAGUGGAAGAUACGCUUGUGUUGUUAGCCGCGAAAUAUCAAAUUGAUCUCGAUUAAUGUAACAUGAAAAUACUUUCCGCGGAAUGAACGAUACAUAAUUAAAUAAACCGUAUAAUAAAAGUAGAUGAUCAAUAAAUAAUAAAGCAGUAAU